AUGUUUAGACAACUUACAAAACUGCAAAGAUAUAUUGCACGCCAAACUUUUAAAAGCAAACUCCCCACACCAACAGGCUUGGUGUCAUUGAGAAUACCACCCACACCAAUGCACAUUCCAACAGCUGCCAGAUUCUACUCCGUCAGCACACAAGGAGAAAACCUUGAUGGCAAAAUUGAUCAAAUUUCCGACGGAGAAUACAACAAGAUAUCCAAUGAAUAUCUUGAAAACUUGGCUGACGAAUUGGAAGAAUUGAACGGAAGCUAUGAACAAGUCGAUGCUGAGCUUAGCCAUGGUGUGUUAACUUUAACUUUGCCUCCAAACGGUACAUAUGUCAUUAACAAACAACCUCCAAACAAACAAAUUUGGCUCAGCUCACCUAUAAGUGGGCCAAAAAGGUAUGACUUAAUACAGGGCCACUGGAGAACAUUACGAGAUGGCAGUUUGCUUACAGAAUUAUUGGAGCUGGAAAUAUCGGAAGCUCUCAAAACGGACUUCAAAUUUGAAUCUGUGAGUUUAUGA